UUCCUAAGAUAUCGCACCACUUCUGUUGCAAGCGAUUAAGCUUAAGUCCUACGGCAGGUUCAGUAUAUAAUUAAGUACCUAACACGGUCUUCGGCCGUCCUUAAGUAUACCAUACCUGCAAAUUCCUCUACUGCGUCGUCCAAGAGCAGCUGAUUAUCAUUUGGCAGCACUCGGAGCAUGCGCUGGCACAUGCUCCUAAAUCUGCCGUGACGGGGCGCCGUCAUUCCAUAUGCCAUACCCACUGGCAGCCGGGCCAGCUCAAGCAAGAGCAUUUGCUUGAACUUCUACUCUAAGUCAAGGUAAGGUUUCCCCAGCAGCCGCUGGCUCGUUGUUAGUGUGCUCACGACCUCCCACGCGCACGCCGUGUGCUUCAUUUGUACCUUCCAAGCCCACGCUUACAAAAGGCGAUCAAUAAUUAACAUCUGUCUUGAUUCUGCCACAUACCAGCGUUUUUCUUCGUUUUGCUAACUAACCAUGCCAGUGCAAGGAGCUACGCUCUUGACUGCUAUUAGACGCUCGCUGGGUCCGCAGAGCAGACCGCUGGCACGAGGCUUUGCGAAUUCGAUGAGCUUACAAUAUGGGAAGAAGAUUGUGGUAGCGAAACCCGUCGUGGAGCUUGAUGGAGAUGAAAUGACGAGGAUUAUUUGGAAAAAGAUCCGGGAAGAGCUAAUCCUUCCUUAUUUGCAACUGGACAUCAAGUACUACGACCUUGGCCUCGAGUACCGUGACCAGACCAACGACAAUGUAACCGUGGAAGCCGCCAAUGCCAUUCUCGAGCACAAGGUCGGCAUCAAGUGUGCAACAAUCACGCCUGACGAGGCUCGUGUGGAGGAGUUCAAGCUCAAGGAGAUGUGGAGGAGCCCGAACGGCACGAUCCGUAACAUCCUUGGCGGAACUGUGUUCCGUGAGCCCAUUAUAUUGGAUCGUAUCCCCAAGCCAAUUCCAGGAUGGGUGAAGCCAAUCGUGAUUGGCCGUCAUGCAUUCGGUGACCAGUACCGUUCCACGGACUUCGUCGCACCGGGACCGGGGAAACUCCAGCUUGUAUACACCCCUGCUGAUGGAGGCGCCAAGACUGUCAUGGACGUAUAUGACUUCAAGGGAAAGGGUGUCGCCAUGAGCAUGUACAACACUGAUGAAUCAAUAAUCGGGUUUGCACAUUCAUCAUUUAAGAUGGCUCUCCUCAAGAAGAUGCCCUUGUUCAUGUCAACAAAAAACACCAUCUUGAAGAAGUAUGAUGGCCGCUUCAAGGACAUCUUCCAAGAGAUUUAUGAAUCGCAGUACAAGGACGCUUUUGAGAAGGUCGGUAUAUACUACGAGCACCGCCUUAUCGACGAUAUGGUUGCACAAGCGAUUAAGUCCUCCGGUGGUUUCGUAUGGGCAUGCAAGAACUACGAUGGUGACGUACAGAGUGACAUCCUCGCUCAGGGCUUCGGUUCCUUGGGCAUGAUGACCUCAGAGUUGAUCACCCCUGAUGGCCAGGUUGUUGAGAGUGAGGCUGCCCACGGUACCGUCACCCGACACUACCGCGAGUUCCAGAAGGGCAACGAGACGUCGACCAAUCCAGUGGCAUCGAUCUUUGCAUGGACCCGUGGACUUCUCCACCGUGCUAAGCUGGAUGACAAUGAAGAGCUCAGGAAGUUUUGCUUGGAUCUUGAGGCUGCAUGUGUGGAAACGAUUGACAAGGAUGGAAUCAUGACCAAGGAUCUCGCUCUUGCUAUCCACGGCAAGAACAUGAAGAGAGAACAUUGGGUCGUCACUGACAAGUACAUGGAUGCGGUGAAUGCUAAGCUCCAGAAGAGGCUCGCUGAAGGAACCAUUGCUAAACCUUGA